GAGAGCACUCAAGAUAUACGUGUAACCGUGUAUGAGGUGUAUGUUUUACAUACACACUUGUAAUAGAUAAAUCCCAUUCAAUUACCUAGUAGUCAUCGCAUGGGGAACAAUGUUAUUCGAAAUUGCUGUGUUACUUGUGUCCCUGUUGUUGCUCAAAUACGCCUGGGGUAGAUCAAGACGUCCGAAAUGCACAGUACCUGGACCUCCACCCGGUGGGCUCCCUGUUCUCGGAAACAUCGUUCAAAUUGCCGACGAGCGAGUUUACCAAAAGCUGUGCGAUUGGCAAAAAGACCUAGGAGAUGUAUACAAAUUAAAUCUAGUUACCGAGGAGGUUGUAGUUGUAAACGGAGACGCCAUUUACGAUGUCCUAGUUACCAACGGUGAUGAUUAUGGCGGCCGAAUGCAGGGACAUAGACAAGGAAUGUACUCCAACGGCUUUCAAAAUAUGGGAUAUAGGCAACCUGAUAAAGAAUGGAGGGCGAUGCGUAAACUUGCCCAGAAAGGACUAAAACAGUAUGGAGAAGGCGUGGCCCAUAUUGAGCGAAUCAGCAUGGAAGAGAUCCUUGAAUGCCUUGACAAAUUUAACAAGACAGAAGCGUUCGACCCUUAUGAUCAUAUCUACGCUAUGGUGAUCGGCAUCGUCAUAGUAAUUUCAUUGGGUGAGAGACUCAGCCCUGAUAAUCAGUUAUACCAGAAAAUUAAACGAGCAGAUGAAUUAUUCCCUGCUGCGUUCGGAGCUGAUACGUCGUACAUUGAUGUCAUUCCUUGGUUGAACCAUCUACCAAUUAAGGCUAGUAAAACUUUUAAGGAGGCAAUGGAUGCAGUUAGACAAAUGGAGGCGGAAAUAUACCAGCGAUCAAAGAACAACGUGGAAAAGUCCACAAUAUCCGGCGUGAUUGAUGCCAUCAAUGUAAAUCGGGGAGAACUGAAUGAUGCUCUUAUCAAAGGCAUGAUAAACGACAUUACUCUCGCAGCGACAGUAACCACCUCUACUCAGCUCAGAUCAUUGGUUGCACUAACAGUGGACUACCCAGAGAUUCAACAGAAAUUGCACGAUGAAAUAGACAAUGUCUUGGGACAAAGCUUACCGACAUAUGAGGACAGACGCGUAAUGCCAUAUAUGGAGGCGUUCAUAUUAGAAGGAUUGCGUUACAUGUCAGAGGUUCCAAUAUCUGUGCCACAUAAAACAUUGAAGGAUGUCACGUUAAGAGGAUACUUCAUACCUAAGGACACACAAAUUUGGCCGAAUCUGUACGGACUACAUCACGAUGAGCGAUUCUUCCCGGAUCCUUACACGUUUAAACCUGAACGAUUCCUUGACUCUGAAGGUGAUUUAAUUCCGGUACAUGAGAGAAAACAUUUGUUGCCAUUCGGAGGUGGUAAGAGGGUGUGUGUCGGAGAACAGUUGGCUAAGAUCCGAAUGUUCCUGUUCAUGACCACCUUGCUCCAGCGCUACACGCUGUACCCUGAAACUGACGGAUGCCCUCCAAACUACGACCCUCGUUUGUCAAUAAAUGGUGUGACCAUGAGGAUGCAUGCUUACAAGAUAAAAACUGUCGAGAGAUCACGUUUCAAUGUACUAACUUAACUGCAGAGGAUUUCCUUACAUAUAUGCUACCGCUGGAUUACGAUAUGAUUUUGCUUUUGAACAUUAAAAGAUAUAAUAUACAUUGAUUUAACCUAGUAUAACUAUAUGAAGUUCUCUACAGUGGUCUUUCAACUGAGUUUGAAUAUACGCUUUCAAUUCGAUCCGAUUCAUUUAUUGCUAAAUUAGCCAUUUUUAAAGCUUCUAAUUGACGGAUUAGUUUCUUUGAUUUACCUGUUAUUAUAGUGUGUGACCUGGAUAUUUUCUAAAUAAAUAAUAAUAUAAGACUUUCACGACUCAACUCAAAGAUAAACUGAUCGUAAUCCCGGUUAGAAAUAAUUAUAUUCUUUUAAACAAUAAUCUGUUUCAUGUUAUUAUUUCUAAUGUACACUAUCUGAUAAGUUAUUUUUGUAUAUUUUAACAUUAUCUUAUUCAUUGACGCUGAACACAUGGGUCUCCAGGUUAUCAUUUUUCCUUUCUAAGAUAUGUUAGAAAUCCAAUAAUUGGCAACCCAAUUAAAUUACUAAGAAUUUAAGGAAACCACCAAUUAGUCAUUCCUUUGUACUGCAAGCUUGAUAAACUAAAUACUUUGAAUAAAUGCGAAAUAACAAUAAUAAAUAUGCUAUUUUGCAUAUAUGCACAAUAUCUAAAAAGUUAUCAUUGUAUCUUUUAACAUUACCAUAUAUCUGACU